AUGCACGAGACGGAGAGAGAUGCACGAGUCAGUCGCGUUAUCGAGAGGGUACGGCUACGAGAGGAAGUCUGUGCGAGACCAGUAGCGUACGGUACGGUACGGUACCGGAUCGAUCGAUCACUCCACACCUGGGUUUGCGAUCGGUACCAAGCGACUGUACUACCUAUUCGGUCUCCCCGGCACCGUACGGACCGCGACGGCGUCGGCACAUACAGACACACAAACUCGGAGGGGAGGGGGGCCGGUUCCGCCACGCAGUGCACACGUGCACAACGCGCGUUGGGGUUUCUCCCGAGGCGUGCCGUUGCCCUUGCCCUCUCUGGGCGGGAAAAAUCUUUCUCAAGGUCCACCAACACCAAGCACAUUUUCAACACUGUAUCGUUCGGUUCCUUCACUCGUCUUUCUGAUUUCCAUCAUCCCCUCGGAUCCUACGGGGCCGUGCGGCUCUACGGGUUGACGUCCAUUCCGGCCAAUCCAAUCCAAACUGUUACACGCACACUUUCUAUCCCCCCAGGCUUCCCUGAUCAUGAGAUCGUCCCAGCCCCUUUCACCCACCGGCUCUGGUUUCGCCUUGUAUCGCUCGCGCACACGUCGCCAUCGUCUACCCGGACCGUACCCUUGGGUGUCGAGAGAAACUCGUCCAGGCGACCGCGACGGGGGAGCGUGGCACUCCGGCGACCAAGGUCGCUAUCCUUUACCACCAUGUCGGCCUACACGCGCACCGAUACCCACGCAUCCGCCGGUUCCGUCGGCCCCUCCUCUCCACACUGUCAAACCUGCACUUGUCACUUUCACGAACUCGACGAGGCGCCACACCUUGUACCAUCACAACAAUUACCACAAUCCGUAGUACCAUUGCCGCCUCCUUUACCGGAACCAACCUAUUCCGUACGUCGCCGUGUUCUACCCGCUUCCCUCGUGCCGCUCAACAGCCGACAAGGCACGCUCUGGCUCACGGACUGUCUUACACAAAACACGGCCGCCUUGUAUAUUCCGCUUUCGGAGCAUUUUUGCAAUCAGUCGGAUCCCGCCUAUUGCGGCGUCACCACACUCCUCAUGGUCCUCAACGUCUUUGCCAUGGAUCCACACGUACGCUGGAAACACGGUUGGCGAUACUUUGGGAACGAAGACGUCCUCUUGUCCCAGUGUUGUUUGACUCCGGAACGGAUUCGACGGGCCGGUAUUUCCAUGCACGAAUUCGCGCAACUCGCCUCCUGCCAAGGCGUGCGGGUCCGUAUGCAACGACCGCAACCCCCAUCCGCGAUAGAGACCGACUCGGGGUCCGUCCACACCAACCCAUCAUUCGACUUGGAUGACCUGCAACGCUUCCGAUUGGAUAUUCAACGGGUCUUGUCAGGCACCGCCGAGACCUCCGGCAAUCCGGCCGCCGCGAUGGAAACGAAUGGCGUUAUCGUAGUCAGUUUCAGCCGCGCCGUCCUGGGACAAACGGGGGACGGCCAUUUUUCUCCACUGGCUGCCUACCACGCCGCCACGGACCAGGUUCUCGUCCUCGACGUGGCGCGCUUCAAGUACCCGCCGUACUGGGUGACCGUGACGGACCUCUACCGGUCCCUCUUGCCGCACGAUCCCGCCACGUCCCAAUCGCGGGGAUGGUACGUUUUGCAACCCCCGCUCCGGUCCGCCUCGUACCGCGGAAGCGCCGGUGGAGAAGACCGACGUCCGGCCAAACUCGUACCGCUCGUGGGUGAACCGCACGGUGCUCGCACACACGCCUGUCCCGUGCAGGUCAUUAAAACGGCGUAUUGCCAAGUGGCGGAACACGAGCCGCGGAACAAUGAUGCGAAAGGCCCGUAA